ACUCCUCUGUCCCCUGCAGUAGCCAGGACUGCCAGAGCUCCUCCAGUGUGCUUCUCAAACUCAGGACUCAUAAUGUUCUUCAAGUUCUUUUGUGCUGUGGUGACCAGGUGUCUCUUUAUCUUCAUCUCUCUCGUAGGGGUGUGGAGAGUGGUGUGGGUGAAGAACAAUGGACUCUACUGGUUUCUUACCAUCCUCUACCUGCCUCUGGUGGCUGAGAUGAUCCUCACCCUGAAAAGAAGGAGUGGAAACGAUUAUAAAUGGUUUUCUCCAGCUAUCUUCCUUUUUCUCAUCAGUAUUAUCCCAUCAUUAUGGAUUUUAGAGCUUCACCACCUGGAGAACAAAUCAGCUGACUCAACGUGUGAAAAACUUGACUCGACUGAAAAUAUUAAGAGUCUUUUCAGACUCUGGAUGAACUCAACCAAUGGCAGUGAGCCACUCCAGGGGAUCCCUCUGUCUUUAGUGUGUGCCAAUGACUGGAUCCUGGCUUUACACCAAAUCCUGCUCAUUUUACUAAUCUUGGGGAAGUGGCUGCUGCCGGCUGCUGGAGAGCUGACCAGGGACCAACUCUCGCAGUUACUGCUCAUCUUUGUAGGCACUGCUGCUGACAUACUCGAGUUCACCUCUGAGUCACUGUCUGACAUCAAAGACAGCAGUCCAGCCAUGGUUUACAUUAUUCUGGCAGUGUGGACUUGGAGCAUGCUGCAGUUUCCACUGCAUUUCUCAGUAAUAGGUGCGUCCUCAGACGACCUCUCCGAACCUGCACCCUCCCGCCUUGCUCACCUCAGGACUGAUAUCUGGAGCACUGUGGAAGCUUUGUUUAUCCAGGAUGGGCCCUUCCUGGUGGUCCGCCUCACUGUCAUGAUCUACUUCAAUGUGGUACACCAGAUGCUGAUCUUCUUCGCCAUCAAAAACUUCCUGGUUGUCAUUCUCAACAUCUACCGCCUCUGUGUCCUCAUCUGUGACAAGACCUCCUGAAUUUGGAUGUUAUCCUAGUGCAGAAGGUUACAGUAAUGAUGUUACUGUGUUACUUGAUGUGCCAUCGUGAUUGCAUGUCACAUUCUAGUGUAAUUCUUUUUUCUUAACUUGCUAUUUUACUAUGAAAGAUACUGCAGUUUUCUACUAAAGGCCACGCAGUUUCAAUAGGUAAUGUACUGUAUGUAUAUUAGUAUGUAUAAGAAUCCUACUUAUUAUGUGACAAAAGUAACAAUCACUUGCAAAGUAAUUGAUUGUGACACCGUGCACCUCAUGUGUUAAUCUUGAUGAAGACAUAAUUCUUGUUGAAAGAUCAGAAACUAAGUAAUAAAUUAGUCUCUGCUUUGGAGUUAUGUUGUUUCAUUCUCAGUGGAAGAAGUGCAAAGUAAAAGUCCUUUUAGGUUGCUGUGAAGCUGUUUGUAUGCUGUGAGCUUAGAGGGUGCUGAAAACAUUGAAUUAAAUCAGGGCUGUAGAUUAUUAUCAGUCUUGGAGGUUAUCUUCUGUUUUCAAAAUAUUUUGAAAGUCCCCAAAUUCAUUUUUGUUAUUUACAUGAUACAGAUAUUAGUCCUUACAUGCAAGUGGAACCGGUCUUAAGUAGAAUGGUAAAUGGGCUGUAUUUAUAUAGCACCUUUCUAGUCUUCCAACAACUCAAGGCACUUUUAGGUCAUCAACUUGAAUAUUUCUGAAUACGUCAAAUGAAGGACAGGAACUAUAUAAAUGUAUGUUACUUUUAUUACUCUUUGUCAGACUCUGAACAUCUUUGUGUGCGAGGAUCUCUGACCUUUCAGCUAAAAUACUUGACUUGGUAUUCUCUCAGUGAUAUUCUUGGUCAUGAUGUUCUUACAUAUUGCAGUUGUAUGUUCUUAAUUUCCUCUUAACCUCAUUUUAUUCUCACUCUGUUGUAUAAAUC